AUGGCAUGCUUCUCUUCCUGUUCAUUUCUUCUAAACUAUGCUAAUCCUGACUUCAUAUUUCCUUUCCACUGGACGUUUUCGCAUUCUCGUAUUGACAACGUGACACCUGCUAGAGCCGCAUGGCAACUCGUCACGGGCAUUGAGCGGGCAUUUGAAUGGACAGAUAUUCAAACCUGUGUGAAGGAGUCUGCGGAAAUGAAAUUUCAUGGCCCAGUUGGUCAGAAGCUAUACAAUACAUAUGGUGUGACUCUGGAUGCAGGUCUCGUUGCUGUACGACCUAAUGGUUAUAUUAGGCUACUUAUCUCUUUAGCGAAUUUCUCACAGGCAGACAAUUAUUCGAGCGCAUGUUUAGUGAGGGCUAUGGAUUGUCCGAUUGUGUUGAGGAAGGAGGGGAGAACGCAAACUUUAUACAAGAGCGUGCCACAAAUGCCUUACACAUAUCACACUUCCAAAGUCGUUUUUGGUGUAUGUGAGAGAGUUUUCGGAAGGCAGAUCCGGGGAAGAAGGUGA